AUGGUCGUUCGGAUCUUUAAGCCGGGUAUACAGGGUCAAGAUAUCCUCAUCUGGGUCUUAUGGGCGAUUGCACUCUUCGCGACCCUCUUCCGCUCAAUCUCGCAAUAUGUCCUCCAGCGCCGCCUCCACACCGACGACUACUGGGCGAUCGCCGGCUUCGUAUUCCUGACUGCGAUGGCCGCGCUGGCCACGACCAUCAUGGGGAAGCUGUUUGUCGCCAUUGGAUACUUUGAAGCCUCGGCCAAGGACCCGACCACACCCUUUCCGGGCGGCUUCAACGACUUUAUCGACAGCAUGGCGUCGGCCCUAAAAGCAAUGUUUGCUUCGAUGAUUGUUUUCUGGACAUGCAUAUGGACUGCAAAAUACUCGAUUCUUUUCUUUGUUAGGCGUGUCGUCAAUGGCCUUCCGAGGUACAUGCAGGCAUGGUGGGCUUGCUUCGCACUUGUCACCCUUCUCUACGUGGGCUGUAUAUUCUCCCUUUUCAUGACAUGCAUGCCGGUCCAAAAGUAUUGGAACAUUCUCGGUGAGCCCAAUUGCUACGGGCCCAACGACAUGGUUCGAGCUCGAGGAGCUCUAAUCUUCGCGACGGUUGCCGACAUUGUCUCCGACAUCGCAAGUAGAGGAGCAAAGGCUGGUUUGGUCUUUAUAUUCUCCCUCGGAACCAUCAUCAUAAUAUUCGCCUUCAUCCGCCUGUCGCAAGCCGUCCGCAGUAUGCAGCAGGUGGCCGGGGACAUCAAGCAGGCGACCAAGACACCCAUAAUCCUCAGCCAGUGGGGAUUCCUGGAGUGCGCCGUCGGCAUAAUCGUGGCAAUGCUGCCGGCGUUCCGCUUCCUGUUCAGCAAGAACCGCGCCAACGCCUCAAAGGCCAACAGAGGCAAGUGGCCCGGCAGCUCGGGGGCCCCGAGCUCCGGCCGCAAGACCGAUCCGGUAAAGGGCCGUUCUGUCGCCACUGUCGAAGAGGACCGGACCCCGAUCUGUGACAAGACCGAUGUCGAGAUGGGGACGAUGGAACUUCCCAAGGCCCAAUCUGGUGACUGCGCUCGGGGAGACAGCGCUGGGAGCUCCAACGAUCCGAUAGGGGAGCAUAGUAUCCGCCGAACGGUUGAGUUUGAUGUGGCCGUGACGAUGUUGGACGAGACACCUCCCCCCAAAUACGAAAGGCAACCGAAUUGGGUAUAA